CUUCAUCGCUUGUUGCAUCCCUUAAACGCGCUCGCACUUCGCACCUCGGAGCCAACCGCCAUCAUGGCUCCAUCAAAGACAUCCAUGUUCCGCUCGGCGGAUAUGAGCAUGGUGCAGCUCUACAUCUCCAAUGAAAUCGGCAGAGAGGUCGUCAACGCUCUGGGAGAGCUUGGCCUGGUCCAGUUCCGCGAUCUCAAUGGCGACACCAGCGCUUUCCAACGUACCUUCACCCAGGAGAUCCGACGACUUGAUAAUGUGGAACGUCAACUUCGCUACUUUUACGGGCAGAUGGAGAAGGCCAAUAUCCCCCUUAGAAAGAUGGAUCUUGAUGUCGACAGCCUCGCCCCUCCCACCACCAACGAAAUCGACGAGCUGGCAGAUAGAAGCCAGGGCCUGGAGACGCGCGUCCAUGACCUCAACGAAAGCUAUGAGACGUUGAAGAGGCGAGAGGUCGAGUUGACCGAGUGGCGAUGGGUUCUGCGCGAGGCAGGCGGCUUCUUUGACCGUGCGCACGGCAACGUCGAGGAGAUCCGAGCUUCGACCGAGGACGACGAUGCUCCCCUCCUGCAGGAUGUUGAGCAGCACCAUUCCGCCCCUGAUGUCGAGCGAUCCUUCUCCGGAAUGAACAUUGGCUUCGUCGCCGGUGUCAUCUCUCGCGAUCGAGUUGCUGCUUUCGAGCGCAUCCUCUGGCGUACCCUGCGUGGAAAUCUCUACAUGAACCAGUCCGAGAUCCCCGACGCCUUGGUCGAUCCGACUACCAAUGAGGCCGUCAACAAGAACGUCUUCGUCAUCUUUGCGCACGGCAAAGAGAUUCUGGCCAAGAUUCGAAAGAUUUCCGAGUCCAUGGGAGCCGAGAUCUACAACGUGGACGAGAACAGCGAUCUCCGCCGGGAUCAAAUCCAUGAGGUCAACGCUCGCUUAAACGACGUCCAAAACGUGCUUAGGAACACCCAGCAGACUCUCGAGGCUGAGUUGACCCAGAUCGGCCAGUCCUUGUCUGCCUGGAUGGUUCUCAUCACCAAGGAGAAGGCCGCAUACCAGACCCUCAACCUCUUUUCGUUCGAUCGACAACGGAGAACUCUCAUUGCCGAGGGAUGGUGUCCCACCAAUGAUCUAGCUCUGAUCCGAACAACCCUUCAGGAUGUGACCAACCGAGCCGGUCUCUCCGUUCCAUCCAUUAUCAAUGAGAUUCGAACCAACAAGACGCCUCCGACUUAUCUUAAGACCAACAAAUUCACCGAGGCUUUCCAAACCAUCAUCAACGCUUACGGCACGGCCACUUAUCAAGAGGUUAAUCCUGCCCUCCCUGCCAUCGUUACCUUUCCUUUCUUGUUCGCUGUCAUGUUCGGUGACCUCGGACAUGCCAUCAUCAUGCUUUGCGCCUCUUUGGCCAUGAUCUACUGGGAACGACCCUUGAAGAAAGUCACGUUCGAGCUCUUCGCCAUGAUCUAUUACGGUCGUUACAUUGCGCUCGUCAUGGCUAUCUUCUCCGUCUACACUGGUCUCAUGUACAACGAUGCCUUCUCCAAAUCCCUGACGCUCUUUGACAGUCAGUGGGAGUGGAAAGUUCCAGACGGCUGGAAGGAGGGUCAGGCGCUCACCGGCCAACUGAAGAGUUCAUACCGGUAUCCAUUUGGUCUAGAUUGGAGAUGGCACGGCACUGAGAAUGAUCUUCUCUUCACAAACAGUUACAAGAUGAAGAUGAGUAUCAUCCUCGGUUGGGCUCACAUGACCUACUCGCUGUGUUUCUCGUACCUGAAUGCUCGACACUUCAAGAAGCCAAUCGACAUCUGGGGCAACUUCAUCCCGGGCAUGAUCUUCUUCCAGUCUAUUUUCGGCUACCUUGUCGUGUGUAUCAUCUACAAGUGGUCAGUGGACUGGAACGCAAUUGGCAAGAACCCUCCCGGACUUCUGAACAUGUUGAUCUACAUGUUCUUGCAACCUGGUGAACUGGAUGAAGAGCUCUACCCUGGGCAAGCACCCCUGCAGGUAUUCCUGCUGCUUCUAGCCGUUGUCCAAGUUCCUAUCCUGCUAUUCCUGAAGCCCUUUUACCUUCGUUGGGAGCACAAUCGGGCGCGCGCUAAGGGCUAUCACGGUAUCGGUGAGAACUCGAGAGUGUCGGCUUUGGACGACGAGGACGAAAACGGACACGCCGGAGCCAAUGGCCGACCCAGUGGAGAGAGCGAUGGUGGUGAGGGUGUCACUAUGAUCGCCCAGGACCACGAUGACGACGACGAAGGCCAUGGGGAGUUUGAGUUCAGUGAGGUCAUGAUCCACCAGGUUAUCCACACUAUAGAAUUCUGCUUGAACUGUGUUUCCCACACUGCUUCCUAUUUGCGUCUAUGGGCUCUAUCCCUCGCACAUCAGCAACUCAGUGUCGUCCUGUGGGACAUGACUCUCGGCGGGACAAUUAACAAAACUGGUGUUAUUGGCGUUAUCAUGAUUGUCAUCGGGUUCUACUUGUGGUUCUUCCUCAGCUGCGCUGUUCUGAUUGCCAUGGAAGGCUGCAGUGCCAUGUUGCACUCCCUCCGUCUGCAAUGGGUCGAAGCGCAGUCGAAGUACGCCGAGUUCGCCGGCCACAUGUUUACGCCGUUGUCUUACGCCACCAUGUUGGAGGAGGACGAGGGCCUAACCGACUUCAGGGGUUAGCAUUAGAGGGGGAUCAUCCAUCAUCAGCUCGGAACACCGGAAUGUUGUGUAUUUGUAUCCCAUAUGUAAAACGAAUCCAACCCGCAGUUAUAGAUUAUCAAAUUGGCAUUCCAGGAUGCGGAACAAGACGCGUCGAGAUCAUAUUUGAAUAGUGCAUGUAGGGUUGGCGCGUGGCAGGGAAAGUGGCCGAGUGCAUGUGUGGACAGAUCAAUUUGAAGUUGUUGACUG